AUGACUACGUUGCGGGAGUACCAGAUGCAGGAGAGGCAGCUUCGUAGUACGCUGGAGAUGACGAAGAAGUUCGUUGAUGGCUUCAAGGAUGGCGAAGACGAGGCUCAGAUCGACGUGCGGCUGAACAUGCUGGAUGAUGCGUUGGCGAAGUUCUACGUCGUGCGGCGCAAGAUCGACGUCCUCACUGAUGUUUUCGGGGUUGAUGCUGCUGGAAAGGAGAAAACACCAGAUGUAGAGGAGCACACUAAGGCGAUAUGGGAGUUCGAGAACUUGUACUGUGAGUUGAAGGCGAAGUUGCUGGCAAAGCGCAAGGAGGAAGCACCCACGCAAGCGGCACCUGCUCAGGCGAAAUCGACUGUUUCGCGCGUGAAGCUGCCCGAAAUCAAGCUGCCGUCGUUUGGAGGAAACAUCACCGAGUGGAUUACUUUUCGGGAUUCCUUCAAGUCGCUGAUCCAUAAUAGUGAAAACCUUUCAGAUUUCGAUAAGUUUACUUAUCUUCAGUCUUCACUGUUUGGAGAAGCGCUUGCUGAGAUCAGCACAGUGCGCGUGUCGGACACAAACUACCAGGUGGCGUGGGGCGUACUGGAGAAUCGCUACGGGAACAUGAAGCUGAUCCUGAAGAGCCAUCUCGACGCCAUCUUUGCUGUUGAGCCCGUACGAGACGAGUGCUUUGAAGCGUUGAACCAUCUGCUGAGCGUGGUGGACAAGAACCUGCAGAUGAUCAACAAGCUCGGGGUGAAGACUGAGGAUUGGUCCAUCCUGCUCGCUCACGUUGUCACUAGCAAGCUGGACGCCGCAACAUUGCGCCACUGGGAGGAACACAACAAGAAGUCCAAGGAGUUCGUGAAGUACGAGACGCUGCUGGAGUUUCUGCGGGAACAGUGCGGAGUGCUGCAGACGAUCGAUUCCAUGAAGAAAGCUACGAGGAACGAGCGUCGCCCGCCGAAGUACGCGUCAAGUCACGCUGCGUCUGCUGAGCCAAGCGGAUGCUUUUUUUGCAACGGACCUCAGCACAACGUGUUCCAGUGUUUUGCGGUCAAGAAGAUGAGCUGUGCAGAGCGUGUCGCGGUUGCCAGGAGGAAUAUGCUGUGUUUCAACUGUUUGCAGCCUGGUCACGUCGUGGAAAAGUGUACGCGAGGAUUCUGUUCGAUGUGCAAGCGGAAACAUCACACGCUGCUUCACGAGAACUUUGGCCAAAGGUCGAACGCUGCCGCUGCAGGCCCGAACGCGUCGCGACCUCACUCAGGGAACACACCAUCCACACACUACCCACAACAGAAGACACAAAGCCAAACCCGUCACACACCCACUCAAUCUACACAAAACCCUACACAGACACCAGUCUCGCAAAGCUCACAACCACAAAGCUCACAGCUCGCCACAGACCACACAGCAGCGUGCAACCUGUCGUCGUCCCUUGUUCCAAGUCGUACGGAGGAGGUUCGAGAAGUGUUGCUGUCCACGGCUGUUGUACGGAUUUGCGAUUCGCGAGGUCACACCCUGUUCGCUCGAGCACUGCUUGACAGUGGCUCCCAGCGAAACCUGAUGACCAAGGAGUUCGCGCGCAAGCUGAAAUGCAAGCCGCAGUCCGACUACCUGCGGGUGAAAGGAAUCGGCGUUGCAGAAUCCACUUCCACCUUUGCGGUAACCGCUACUGUUUGCGCUCGUUCUUCGACGAUUUCGGAGUUCGCAGCAUCGAUGAGGUUCCAUGUUUUGGCGAAGGUCACGGCGAAUCUGCCGUUCAACAACAUCGAUGCCGAGCAGCUAAGCAUUCCAGAGGACGUGAAGCUGGCGGAUCCGCACUUCUACCGUCCUGGACCUGUGGACAUGAUCAUUGGAGCAGAGCAUUACUAUGAUCUGUUGUCCGAUGGUAAGAUGAAGCUUGGAGAAGCAAACCCGACGAUCCAGAACACCGAGCUCGGCUGGGUGGUGUCUGGCGUUGUCAACGGAGUAGCGGCGAAGCUACCACGAGUCGUAGCGAACCAGAACUCAGCAGAAGCAGAAGCGUUGGCGGAGAUUAACGAUUUGCUGGCCAAGUUCUGGGAGUUGGAGUCGUGCCAGACGCCGAGUACACAUUCGCUCGAGGAGAGCGCCUGCGAGGACCUGUUCAGGGCGAACACCGUGCGCGACGAGACCGGUCGGUUCGUCGUCAGACUGCCGAAGAAGCAGACGAUCCUGCAGAGUCUAGGCGAGUCGAGGUCGAUUGCGAUGAAGCGGUUCUACGGGCUGGAAAGGCGACUCACCGCUAAUCCAGAACUGAUGAAGCAGUAUUCUGACUUCAUUCACGAGUACCUGGAGAUGAGACACAUGGAGGAGGUGAAAGAAGACACGGAGGAGAAGCAAGCGUAUUAUUUACCUCACCAUGCUGUGCUGAGACCAGACAGUACGACCACCAAACUGAGAGUAGUCUUCGACGCCUCAUGUGCUACUUCGUCUGGGGUCUCGCUGAACGAUGCUUUGAUGGUAGGACCGGUGGUCCAGGAUGAUUUGCUGACCAUCAUUCUUCGCUUUCGUUUGCGGAAGAUCGCCGUCGUGGCAGACGUCGCAAAAAUGUACCGCAUGGUGAACGUUCACCCAGAUGACCAGGAUCUGCAGCGGAUUUUGUGGAGGGACUCGCCGAGCGAGCCUGUGCGCACCUUCAAGCUCACCACGGUGACGUACGGAACGGCGUCGGCGCCCUACCUGGCCACGAAAUGCUUGCGCACGGUCGGAGAAGAGGUGGAAACCACACAUCCGCUGGCGGCGAAGACCAUCAAGCAUGACUUUUAUGUCGACGAUAUGCUCUCGGGAGCCGACUCGAUCGAGGAAGCGCAGAAGCUGGUUGGAGAUACCAGCGAGCGGCUGAUGGCGGCCGGGUUCCUGCUCAGGAAGUGGCGAAGCAGCGACAACGCCGUGCUGGAAGCCAUCCCCGAGGAGCUGCGAGACGAAGGAGGUGCGAAAGAGUUGGACUCGUCGACUGCCGCUGUGAAGACGCUGGGUCUGUUGUGGGACUCGAGCAGCGAUGAGUUCAAGUUCAAAACGCCGACGUGGAAUGCCGCUACGGUGUUCACGAAGCAGACGGUGCUGUCAGACACAGCACGCAUUUUCGAUCCCGUUGGACUGGUCGGACCAGUUGUUGUGAUCGCCAAGAUCUUCCUCCAGAAGCUGUGGAAGAAAGGAAUCGAUUGGAAAGAGCCGUUGCCAGAAAAUCUUGUGCAGAUUUGGGAGGAGUUUCGACGAAACAUGAUGAGCUUCGACAACAUUACUGUGCCACGUUGGGUUGGCUUCAGUCUGCAAUGUGUCAAGCUUGAGCUGCACGGAUUUUGCGAUGCGUCGCUUGAGGCGUACGGAGCGUGUUUUUACACGCGCAGCACCUGGAGCAACGGCGGCGUGUCGGUCAACCUGCUGACGUCAAAGACUAAGGUGGCGCCGAUGACCGACUUGAAGCGGCGAACCAAGGAGGAGACGAUCCCGCGACUGGAGUGCUCGUCAGGACUGCUGAUGUGCCACUUGCUGCAGAAGAUACGCCCUCUGUUUCCGGUCGACAUCGAGAUCCAUCUGUGGACGGAUUCAAUGGUCGUAAUGAGUUGGCUGGCGUCCGCACCAUCUCGCUGGAAUCCAUUUGUGGCAAACCGUGUGUCGGAGAUGCAGCACCUGAGCAAAGGUUGUGUCUGGCACCACGUACCCGGUGUGGAAAACCCGGCGGAUCUGCUCUCGCGAGGCAUGAUCCCAGCAAUGCUCGCGUACGCAUCGCUGUGGUGGAUUGGACCCACAUGGCUGUGCCUAAGUCCAGACAAGUGGCCGCAGACGAGAAACCCCACGCAGGAAGAGUUGGAAGCUGCACUGCUGGAGCAGAGAGCGUCGUACGCUUGCACUGUCCAGAUUCUUCAGCCGGAGCAGCUGUUCACGCGCUAUUCGUCGUUGUUUGCGCUUAUUCGAGUCACCGCACUCUGCCGCAGAUUCGCUCACAACGCUCGACCUGCCAACCGUGAGUGCCGAAAGACCGGGUACAUCACGCACGCCGAGCACGAAGCGGCACUGCUGGAGCUGGUGAAGCUGGCGCAGAAGGAAUGUUUCCCGCAUGAGCUCGCAGAUCUGGAAAAGAAGGGAGAAGUUAACGAGACUUCGAACUUGAACGCGCUCAAUCCUAGGCUCGUGGAGGGCGUAAUACUGGUUGGCGGCCGGCUACGAAACGCUGCAGUUUCAGCUGGGAGGAAGCAUCCGAUGAUUUUGGACAACCACCAUCCGCUAACUAAGCUGAUUCUACAGCACUACCACCACAAGUACUUCCACGCUGGACUUCAGCUGCUGAUUUCUAGUGUGCGUGAGCGGUUCUGGCCGCUGAGCGUUCGGCGCGCAGCGAGGCAAGUAAUCUUCGAGUGUGUGCCAUGCUUCCGAAACAAGCCCAAGGUGCAAGAUCAGCUCAUGGCCGAUCUACCCCAAGAACGCGUAAAUCCAGCUCCACCGUUCCUGAAAACGGGUGUGGAUUACUGCGGACCGUUUCAGCUGUCGUACCCCGGUCGGAAGGCGAGACCUGUCCGAUGCUUUGUAGCUGUGUUCGUGUGCUUGGUCACGAAGGCAGUACAUCUCGAGGUUGUGACCGACCUCACCACACAAGCAUUCCUGGCGGCGCUGAAGCGAUUCACCGCGCGGCGAGGAAAGCCGCAGCUGAUCAUGUGCGACAACGCGAAGACGUUCGUAGGAGCGAAGAGGGAACUGGACGACCUGGCGAAGCUGUUCUGCGAUCAACAGUUCCACGAAGCGGUGGUGAGAGACGCGGGUUCAAGCAUCGAGUUCAAAUUCAUUCCGCCAAGAUCACCGAACUUCGGUGGAUUGUGGGAAGCAGCAGUGAAGUCGUUCAAGACGCACUUCAAGAAGACGAUUGGACUGCGAGUGCUGCAGCAUGACGAGUUCGUGACUGUGUUGGUGCAGAUUGAAGCAUGCCUGAACUCUCGCCCCCUGACACCCCUCAGCAGUGACCCUAACGACCUAGAAGUCCUCACCCCUGGUCACUUUCUGGUCCAAAGACCACUUGCAGCGGUGGCAGAACCAGACCUGGCGGAAGUCCCAGAGAACAGGCUGUCAGCGUGGCAGAGAACUCAGGACUUUGUACAGCAGAUCUGGCGGAAGUGGUCGACGCAGUACCUGUCGGACCUCCACAACCGAACGCGAUGGACGAGACAGCGCAACAACCUGUCCUGCGGAAUGAUGGUGCUGCUGAAAGAGGAGAACCUGCCGCCACAGAUGUGGCACCUAGGUCGAGUGACCGACAUCCGCACUGGGAGCGAUGGCAACGUGCGCGUUGCGGUCGUCAGAACGAAGGACGGAGUCUACGAGAGAGGAAUCUCCAAGAUCUGUCCGUAUCUCUCCAACAAACCGUCAAUCAAGGGUCCCAUCACCAACCGCAUCUACCCGCUGGACGCAUUCCAGAAGAUUGGUCUAGUCGCACUAGACUCGGCGCGAGCGCGCCCGGAGACCGGUGAAAACUCGCAAAAUUCGUGCCCAUGGGGGCACGCGCAAAGUCACGAUCAACUCAGCAACCGAAAAACCUGCAGUAAUUCGGCUGCUGGAGUCACCCUGCACCGGUCGUCGUACAGCUUGGCCAGCUUUCCCGACGAUCAACGCAGUCGAAGCAUCGCACAAGUCCACGCACACACACCGUACGUCGCACGUACGCCGCUCAUCCACCCACACUGUCCGCGCCAGGGCAGUAGCAUCGGUGCCGGAGGCACCCGCGGAGGCCACGGUGGCCUCCGCUCCAGAGUUGCAUCCGUCGUCGAGGACGACCAUCCGAGGAUCGAGAACGAAACUUGCCGCCGUCUGAGACGUCCCACGAAUUCCAUCAGCAGCGAUCAGCAGCAGCAGAAACACCACGAGCAGCAGCAGCAGAACGGCUAG